AUGCAGAGGUGUUCAGGUUCCCUGUGCUUGCCCUAUGGGGUUGACCCAGAUACAGCAGCUGUCUACAGAGCUCUGGGACCUUAUAUUCACAAUGUCAGCCUGUCAGUCAGGACUGAGAGGGUGCAGACUGAUAGAUAUUUUCUUCUAGAGGUUUCUGGAUAUUUAGCUUCCCCUCAUUGGCAGUCCAUAGGAAUACAAGGGUUGAGUGCAGAGGACUUUUCAUUAAUUGACAUUCUGUUCAACUGGACGCCUGGUGGUCAGAGCACAUACAAUGCCAUUGCAUCAGAUGAUGGCUUCUUCACUCUUUCUCCCAACUGGAUUCUGGCCAACCCUGGAACUUACCACAUAGAUGUAACCGCUAGCAACAGUAUCUCCACACAGUCUGCCGGUGUGGAGGUGACUGCCUUCCUGCCUAGCCCAAGAGCACUGGAGGUCACAGUGUUGCAAAGACCCCAGGACAUCCCCUCCUGCACCCCUUUCCCAGUGGAGGACACAGAUGCCCUACAGAAGGUCUUCCUAGGGGACACAUCCAUUCUCAAAGCUUUUGUGGCCAUAGGAGUCAGCCUGGACUUUGUCUGGCUUUUCACUGACGAUGCGCAUUCACACCACUCCAAGGCCGACUGCCUCUCUCACCCUGAGUGCUUGACUAGCACUGUGGCAGUAGUGAGGCGGGUGCUGUCCAACCUGACCCUGGAGACCCGGAGUGGGUACGUGCUGGCAGUGGGGCAGGAAUGCUCGCUCGAGCUGAAGGUCUUCACCACGAUACGCCAGCUCCUCUCGUUCAACAUUACCCUGGAGCCAGGCUCCGCCCACACUCACCGGCUGACUGACAGCUCCCCCGAUCUGCAGGCCCCCGGCCAUCUGCGGCUGGUCCACACUUACGGCCCAGGGAGCUGCCUGCUCAACGUGCGCCUCUUCCACCACUACAGCGGCGUGGGAUUAUUUCCUGUUUCCGUUACCGUGUUUUCCUCUUUUUCCAUGGCACGUGCCAGGCUGCUCCACCCCUUGCAGGUAUUCAUGCCUAUUCUUGACCUAAGGCCAGCCCUGACCUGGAGCACGGCGAUCCCCACUGGGGUCAAUUCCACCCUCAUUGUGGUCACCCAGGCGGACCACACUGGUUCCAUGCUUCUAUGGACAAUCUCCAGCGGAAAUGCGACCAUUAUGAACCAGACCACCGAGGACUGGUUCCUCGUGCUCUCCCUGAAGGACGUUGGGCAGUACAAUGUUAGUGUGAGAGCUUUCAACCCAAUCAGCAGCGCCUCAUUUCACACCCCACUGCUGGUCCAAGACGUGAUAUCUGGCCUGUCUCUUGUUAGCCUGAGCCCAAAGUAUGUCCAGACUGGUUCCGUGGUCACCGCGCAUGCCACCGUGGCUGCUGGGUCCAAUGUGACAUACCUCUGGGGGUUUGAUACAAGCUGCAGCCUCGUGACAGCCUCAGGAACUGCCACCCACGUGUUCAGCCAGCCUGGCAUGUACUCAGUUACCAUGACGGCAAAGAAUGAUGUGAGCCAAAUUCAGAGCAAUUCCGUGGAAUUCGUCAUUCAGGACCCCGCGGGUGGCUUGACUGUACAUAUACCAAGGACAGCGGCAGUGAACAACAAGAACAUGAUGUAUUUCACUGUCAUGUCAGGAACCAACUUGACCGUUAGCGUGUUUGUCAAUGAGUCUGUCAUUUAUAGCAAUGACAGCUACAUGGCGGGAGUGAAGGUGAAGCUGGCUUUGGUUUUUGAACAGGAUGGGACAGUUCGGGUGUUGGUCAGUGCCCACAAUCAUAUUUCCUCUAUCAACAGCACUGCCUAUUCUCUGGUGGUGCUAAGGCUCAAUGUGGUCACGAUAGAACAGCUACAGGCAUCAGUUGUGGGAGAAAAUGUCAUUCUUGUAGCAAAGGUCAAUGUGAAUGUGAAAGUGACAGACUCCGCAUCAAACCUCACAGCUGGAGCACUGCUGAAUAUAACUGCGCUCAGUUCUGCCCCCUUGCUGUCACAUCCUGCUACGACUGCAGUAGGGAGUCCAGUGCAGUUCUCACUCAAGUUCACAGUGGAGGUAAAUGAGCCAGCCCAGCUACAGGUGGAGGUGACUGUGGAGAACGAGGUCAGCCGACUCUCGACAAACCUCUCCACUUCUGUCUUGUAUCCCAUCAUGAACGUGUCCCUGACGACCGCUCCGACACAGCUGGGACAGGCCAGCCUUGUGAUGCUGACCGUGGUGCCACCACAGGAAUACGACCUCCUGAUUGACUUCAGCGAUGGCCACAGAGUCGUCUCCUCCUCAAGGGAGCACACCUCCGUGACAGACUGCUCCCUUUCCCCACUGUGUUCCGUCACCUUCUCCUUCCCUCACACAUACGCCCGCACCGGUCAGUUCCACCUGUACGCGACAGUGUCCAGCGUCGUUGGUGUUGUCACGGAAAUGGCCCUGGCAGCAGUAGAGGAACCUGUCGAGGGUGUCCUGCUGACCCUGACCACGCCCACUACGAUCCACCAGUCUGAAUUCAUCAAUGCCACUGCCUCAGUGCGCACAGGCAGCGACAUAACCUUCCAAUGGGAUGUCACCAUUUUAGAAUACAGUGUGCAUAGCCACAGUGACAGAAACACAAGCACCAGUUUCCUGUCAUACCAAGCAGUGGUUCCAGGAACCCACAAUGUGUCUCUGAUGAUCUUCAGUCCCCUAUACACCAACCCUCUCAUCAAACAUCUGUCAGUUAAAGUGUGUGGUCCAAUCAGCAGCGUUCAAGUCCAGCUCCCUUCUAACAUGGACUACGCAGUGCUCCUCCCACAGCCCAGUCGCUCCUAUGCAACCCAGGACCUCCUGUUCAGUGCUUACACCUCUACCAAGGAUGUCACCUUCAUGUUCAGUUUUGGAGAUGGCUCACCAGCAUUGCAUGGGAAAGGAGCCAAGCAUCAGGUCUACCCUGGAGCCUGGUUCUCUAGAUACCAUCGGUUCACUCAAGGGUCUGUGGUCUCUCACUUGUUUCUGGCUGCGGCGGUCUACAACGUGUCAGUGACUGCCCAGAACAGAGUGGGGAGCGUGACAGCCAGCACAAGUAUCUCUGUGCUUUACAGGAUACAGGCUGUCGGGAUCUACACAGAUAAACGGGUCUAUGCCACUGAUACAGCUGUCACUUUCCUGGCCGUGACGCCGGAGCCGGGCCCAUUGGAGUUUCUGUGGUACUUUGGUGACAAACCACCACAGAGAACAACCUCUAAAUCCAUCACUAAGAGAUAUUACGUCCCUGGCAGUUACAAUGUCAUCGUCAAUGCCUCCAAUGGCCUGAGCUCCUUCACCUCAGACAUCUAUGCCAUAGUAAUCCAGCGAGAGGUCCAGUCCAACAGACUUGUAUUUGAUGCCUCGGUGAUGCUGAACACCAGCGUGACCUUCAACUGUAGGAUCAAUCGUGGCACCAAUGUCACUUAUCACUGGAGCUUUGGAGACGGCACCAAUAGAAUCGGAAGGAACACCGAACAACACGUCUUCCACAGAACAGGCGAGUUUACUGUGGAAGUGACCGUGUCGAACCUGGUUAGCUCCGCCUCCCUUAUGGGGCAGGUCUUUGUGGUUCGUCAGCCCUGCCAGCCUCCUCCAAUAAAAAACAUGGGUCCCCUCAAAAUACAGGUACGACGCUACCAGACCCUGCGGCUUGGAGUCACCUAUGAAGGAGACGUCCAGUGCAACAUCUCCCAGGGCCUCCUUUACAGCUGGGCUCUCUAUGAGUCUGGUGGGCUACGGGUGCAGCUCACUCCAGUCGAGACCCACCAGCAGAACAUUGAGCUGCCAAACAACUUCCUGCAUUACGGCACAUACACGGCAAUAGCUAAGGUUCAGAUCCAAGGUAGUAUUGUGUACAGCAACUACACAGUCCGCAUUGAGGUGGUGCCUAGCCCCCCCAUUAGCCUCAUCUAUGGAGGUACAAAUAUCUUCAUCAGUAACAGAAACAGCACCAUUCUCACACUGAAUGGACAAAGAUCAUAUGACCCGGAUUACCCUCAGAGCAUCCUGAGCUUCAUAUGGAAAUGUAAGCCAGUCAGUAUAAUUCGGAGCCCAUGUUUUGAUGAGAACAUUCCCACGUCCUCCUCUGUGAUCACGUUCCCGGUCAGUUCUCUCAAGCCCAGGUUUGACCAGUUCCAGUUCACGCUCACCGUGCAGAGCGGAGAUCGAACAUCCACAUCUGAGGUGUUUAUAACCAUCUCGCCAAAGCUGAACAGGAAGGUACAGGCUUUUUGCUACCAGUGCCAGGGGAACACAGUGAAUUGGAAUGAGCAGUUUUCUGUUGAAGCUCAUUGUGAAAGCUGUGGCAUUCCCCCAAUAAAUAUUUUCUAUAACUGGAAACUUUUUCUGGUGAACGCCUCAAGUAAAGUCAUUGUUGAGGUUCCUUUUUGUAAGAAUGUGGAGCUCAGUCUGCCUUCCAGGAUUUUUGAUGGCCCUAGCUUCGUUCCAUUGCCAGAACUGACUCUACCCCUGGAGACAACCUCUCAGACCCCUGGUAUUUCCUCUACUGUCACUGUUCGUCCAUCAGCAGCCAUCUUAACUGCCCCUCAAACCCCUCCUAGAGUUUCUACACUCCCUGCUUUCCCUGAGACACCUGAGAUAUCAGAGCACCCAGGACCUCAGAACCACAGUGGCACUGUAACAUCAUCAAACACGACCAGCAACACCAUGGUCCCUAAACCAGCCACAGUUCCAGCUCUGCCCACCCGCCCUUUUAUCCCCUUGUUUCCCCCCUUUCCCGUGUUCUUUCCUGAGGAGAACCAGCCCUUGGGGGGUCGUGCCAGACAGAGGAGGUCAGUCGAACCUCAGGGACCAGACUCCGCCCACGUCCAUCUGGCAGAAUCUGCAGCAGAUUCUGGGCCUCUGCCUGCUGUGCCUGGGGACUACAGCAUCCCUCUUCCCCCGUACUACGUUUCAGAGUACACUGUGUCUCCCAAUGAUGACAUCAUCACAGAAUUUCCCAUUGACUCUGACUUUCCCCCUAUCUUUGAGAGCAGCAGUCCCAUUGGGCGCCCAGGAGCGGGGUCAGGGAGCUCUAGUGGGGGCGAUGUGAUUACAGGCUCCAGUGGUGGGGAGGGACACAACCUGGUGGACCCCAGUACUCUGUUACUGACACGCCCUGAGAAAACUCUGCUGGAUCUGGACAGAGAGCUUAUCGACUCUGCUGUGUUCCAGACCCUCAUCUUCACAGGCAUAUCCUCCCCUGCCGUCACAUUUAAACCCUUCGUGUUGAAGGCAAAGAGCCUUUAUAUGCUGGAAGUGUCUGCAGACUCAGAACAGGCCCUCCUGGGGAAGACCCAGCUGUUCUUCUCCACCAAUGAGAUUCCUCAGGGAAUGAUCUGUCAAGUACAGCCUAGUAAAGGCUAUGAGAUCCACACAGAUUUCAGCAUAUUCUGCACCUCUGGGAAAGAGGACCUCCUUUAUGAGUACAGCUUCAGCAUAGGCAACACCCCAAGGAAGAUCCUUUACCAAGGCCGAGAUUUCCAGUACUACUUCAACCUUCCAUCUGGAGACCCAGAUGAUGACUAUAAAGUUACAGUAUACACUGAAAUACGGAACAGAUUUGGAAGUGGAACCAAACCAUGCCCUGUUAGUGUGAAAGUGCUGCCGAUUUUCCAGAGGAACGCACCAUCUGUCCACAAUGCUGAGAUAGAACUCUACGUGCAUGGUUUGAGGAACCUCACCAAACUCGUGCAGAUGGGCAGCUAUGUCGAGAUUCGCAACUACAUCCUCCUGCUGACCAGCGUGCUAAAUCGGCUGAGUCAGGAGUCCACUGCCUCCACAGAGCUGCAGACCGACACAAGGAGUGCCCUCAUCUCUGCAGCAUGUGACCUCACUAUAAAGGACGAGGGAACACUGGUUGAUAAUAUUGACAUGCUUAAGGAGCUUAUGAGUGUCACUGAGCAGGUGUCGUUCCUAAGCGCCAGGCUGGUGACCCGACGCAUUCAGGAUAUGUCAGCCCGCUUCGGUGCACCCAGCAUGCCGCUCACCUACAUCAUGGAUGAGCGGAUGAUAAAUGCGCUGGUGUCUCUGCUGUCCCAUGUGCUAGAGGCCCAGCUGAGCUCCCCCGCGGGGGGAGUCCAGCUGAUAUCUGACAGCAUCCGCACCACUGCCCACCUGCUGCUGAAGUAUGUGCUCUUCAACAAGGUCUCUGAGCACAAUGUGAGCACCAGCCUGAUGGAGCUCAAGACCAGCCAAUACAGCAGCUUCCAGAACAUCGCUAACAGCAUGGGCUCCUGCACGUUCUACCUCCCUCAUGUGUUGGGUUUGCAUAUUAAUGGGUGGAGUGGUACAACCCACAGUACCAACCCCCGAAACUCCUGCGUUGUCAGCCAGCUGAUGUUUUUUAAACAGAACCCAUACUUCCGGGGCAAUGCACCGGCUCAGGUGAGGUCCUGCAUAGAGAAGAACAUGGUAAUAACUGUCCUCAGUGACAGUUCAGUCUUCCGCAAGCGUAAGGCCUAUGAGGUGAGCAUGAUGACUCUUUUUAUUUCUCAGAUUAAGGGUGACGUAGCAGAUCUGAAGCUGUACAACUGCACCACCAGGAGAGAGAUCAGAGCGCGUUCUCUUUCUGCACCCGUCAACAUCGAGUUCCAGAAAAGGGACAGAAAUGUACGGUUUGGCAACUGCUUCUCGCUGCUGCGCAGUCACAUGAACAUUCAUCAGUUCAACGUGACACCAGAGAACCUGCGGGAGGCGCUGCAGAUCACCAUAGAGUUCACCCGGCCGACCAGGCGGACCUUUCCCAUAAUGCUCCUUUUCAGAAUGUUUGAGAGGCCCACCCCCAGCUUGUACAACACUCAGAGGGUUUAUGGCUGGGAAGGAAACACAGUCCACAUCUUCCUGCCUCCCUCUUCCCUGAAUGAUGCAGGCACUGGUUACUUGGCCCUCUUUAAUGCAGACUACAGCAGAAGUCCCUGGAAUAAGUAUAUAUCUAAUGCUGUAAACUACACCCUGAGGAUUGAGUCCACACAGUGUUUAUCCUGGGAUGGGAGGGAGUGGAAAACUGAUGGAUGUACCCCUCUGGAGGGGAUGUCCUCUGAUAAAGUCAACUGCAGUUGUAACCAUCUGGCAACAUUUACAGUGGCUUAUCAGGAAAUACAAAGCCAUCAUGAAUUUACCGAUGUGUCUCAGUUUACUGGCUUCUUCGAUAACCCGAUGCUCUGCAGUGUUAUAGCAAUUUCCCUGGCAGUCUACUUCCUCGUAAUGAUAGCAUGCAAGUGGGCUGAUAUCCAGAGGGACAAGAUGGCGGGUUCUGUUCUGCUAGAGGACAACAGCCCAUCGGACAGGCAGCUGUACGCUGUCACCAUCGAUACGGGACUCCGCUCCAGACCCACCAUGACGGCCAAGGUACACAUUGUCCUGCAUGGUGAAGGAGGAGCCUCACAGACAAGGGAGCUCAACUUCUCGGACCAGCUUCUCUUUGAGAGGAACUCCAGGCACACUUUCAUCCUGAGCACCCCAGACAAUCUUGGCCCCAUAUGGAAGCUCCACCUCUGGCACACUAACGGCGGCCCCUCACCCAGCUGGUACCUCAGCCACGUGGUGGUGAGGGACCUGACGAGGGGGGGCAGCUGGUUCUUUCUGGGGGAGUGCUGGCUGGCCGUGGAUGAAGGUGACGGGAGAGUGGAAAGGGAGCUGACCCCUCUAACUCAAGGAUUGGGGUUCACGAAGUUACUGCACUUGAAGCUGACUGAGUACCUGGAGGACUUCCACUCAUGGGCGUCGGUCUACAGCCGCCCCUCCCACAGCAGGUUCACCCGCGUCCAGCGCCUGAGCGUGUGCCUGCUGCUGCUGGAGGGGUACAUGUGCGCGAACGCCGCGCUCGUCUCCCUGCAGAACGACCAGUACACCGCGGAGCUGGGCCUCAUUGACGUCUCCACCGUCUCCUUGGCGACUGGGAUCCUCAGCACGCUGGCGGUGCUGCCGGUUGGGGGUCUGGUGUCCCUGCUGUUCCGUCUCUGCAAGGCAUCCAGCAAUAAGUAUUGUUCUAGACAGCAGUACAAGACUAGAAUCCCUGAAAUAUACUCUGUGGAAGCUCAUCGUGAUGCUCUGCUGGUUGAUGGCAGCAUUUUGGAGUCCUGUCACAGCCUUCAGGAGUGUACGCAGGAGAAAUGGAGAAUGCAAUGCAAGAGAGGAGUGGCAGAACGGCGUUCCCCUAGCCAGGCAUCCAUGCGCUACAGAGAGCUCCACAUGGAGAAGCAAGGCCAGGCUACUGCAUGGAACAGCUCCGGUGGCUUUGAGGAUGGCAGCAGCAACAGCAAACCCAUGGAUAAGGACUGCAAACAGAGCCAGCACAACCUGCAGUCCGGCUGCACUGCAGAGCACAGCUGUGUGUUGGGCCAAAGGGAACAUAGAAGCGGUAGAGUUGUGCUGCCCUCUUGGUGUCGCCAUGUUACGUGGGCCCUGUGUUCGUCACUGACCCUCGUCUGCAUUGUGAUCACAGGAGGCUUGGGACUAAGAUUCAGCCCCACAAAGAGUCUGCUGUGGAUCCACUCUCUGUUCUUCUCCAUGCUCUGCUGUGUCUUUGUCGUCCAGCCAGCCCUGAUACUCAUCAUUGCGACUGCAGUAUCCUUGUGGUACAAAGACCGAUGUGACUUCUGUUGCUCUGAUGAAACUGAACCUGCGGGAGGACUGCAGGAGCACUGGAGCCACAAUGGAGGCCAUCUGUCAGAAAUCUACCCGCUCAGCCUCCACCAGCACCCUCAGAACCAAUACACACACUUUGACAGGGUGUUAGCAGCCCGUCAGAGAGCCCGUCACCUGCGCCUUACCCGCCCACCAACCCCAGCAGACCUGAAGGACACUCGAGACCGGAUGAAGAAGGAGCUGCUCAUUCGCAAAAUUCUCAGGGAGGCCAUAUUGUAUACUUUCAUGUUGUCUCUUCUCCUGUUUAUCACCUAUGGAAAAUCCUCGGAGAGUCAGUACCAGCUGAAUCAAGCUGUCAGAGCUGAAUUUACCAAGAACCCACGCAGUAUCUUUCAUGCCAUAAAAACCCACAACGACUGGUGGAACUGGUCUUUAACUGCUCUACUGGAGGGACUUUACUGGGACACUUGGUACAAUAAGGCCUCUACUAAUACCAAGGCAGGUGCUGUCCAAGGCACAUGCAUUCUGAUUGGAGAACCAACUUUAAAAAAGAUGGAGGUGGAAAAGAAAAUAGUCUGCAAGGUUCCCAGAUCCUCCAAAGGCCUGGUUCCUGAAUGCCUCCCUGCUCACAGCCCAGGGGAGAGAGUCUUGGAACAGCCAGAGCCUUCGACUGACCCAGCCCUCUCAGGCAGCCAUCGCCACUGCGGACACAUUGCCUGUUAUGAGGGGGCGGGGACUCGGGUCAGCCUAGGACCAACCAGGGCUGAAGCCUCAGUCCGGCUCCAGGAGCUGUGGGAUAGAGGCUGGCUGGACAGGUACACCCAGGCGGUGAUGGUCCAGUUCACCCUCUACAACCCCCCCACCAGCCUCUUCACUAGCGUCUCCCUGCUGACUGAGCAGCCCAGCGCAGGGGGCCUGCUGCCCUCUACUUUCAUUGAGUCCAUAAGGGUCUACCAGACUGCCGGCCCCCUCCAUUACGCCAUCAUGGCUUGCGAGCUCCUCUUCCUGCUGCUCAUACUGCUUCAUCUCUACCUACAAAUAUUUACUAUGAGCCAGAAGGGACUGUUAGCAUACUGGCGGGACAUACGGAACUGGCUGGAGGUCACCAUUAUCAUCAUUAGCCUUUUGUACUACAUCUGCUAUGUGAACCACUUCAUUCUGGCUGUGGAGAUAAUUGACCUCUGGCAGAGAGAGAACUUCAAGUCAUUUGUGGAUCUUGGUUUCCUUUCCUCUUGGGAACAGCUCACCCGUUGCCUCCAUGGUUUGAUGCUCUUCCUGCUCCUGCUGAGAUGCAUUUUCCUGCUUCAGACGAACAGAACUAUGGCUCCUUCUGUGACACUGCUGAAGCUGUCCUUCAGAAAGCUGCUGUGGCCCCUGGUGGCAGGUGUCAUCCUCGCGAUUGCCUUCGCCAGCCUGGGGAAUGUGCUCUUCCUGUCCAGCUCCUGCCACUUCAGCGGUCUGAUCCGGUCCUUUCAAACUGUCAUCACACAUUGCCUGGGCAUCAGCCAGCUGAAGGCCCCGUCCGCACUCUGCCAGCCCAAUAAUGGCUCGGUCACUCUGCUCUGCGGCUCCUUCCUCUUCAGCGUGUCCAUCGUCUGGACAGCACUGAUUACAGGAAUCCUCACCUCCCUUGCAAAAACUGCAAAGAAGACUUCAAGCAGAAAAUAUCUCGUGACUUUCUCAGAGGUGGCAGCCUACACUCAGGACAGGCUUCUCGUGUUCCUCGGAAAGCGCAAGGAAAAUUGGAGAGAUAACCACACCCAGAGAAGUCACUUCUACUUUGAUGAAUUUGAGAACCUUGUGGACGAGCUUCUCUUCCGGGUCAACGCCCUGUCCAAUAGCCUGCACCACACCCUCCCCUGCGGAGAGCAGGGCUAUAGGGAGGGGUACAGCUCCCCCAUGUCCCAUUCUGAAUACAUCUGCAGCCUGAACUCUCAGCGAGCAAUUUCCAGAGAAGACAGAAUGCAGUCAAGUGUGGGGAAAAGCACAUCAGAAAUGGAGGAGAUGAUCUCAAAGAACAAUCCAGAUAUUUACCGUUUAUUACUGCCAUCUGGGGAUGACUCAUCCUAUGAAAACCAUUUCAGAACAAAACUUGAGUUGGAAGCAUUGUGCCACCUGCAUCGGAGCCAGCAUAGUAACCGAACAAGCUCAGGGGGUUCUGUGGUGUCCAGCGGUCCCCUUCACACAGAGCGCCCUGAGGGGGUGUCCACAUGGGCCAUCCCUGAGUCCGCAGCUGUUCUACCAGGCAGCAUUGAGGCCCCAGAGACCCCCAAUGACCCGUCGCCCCGCUCAGACCACUACAACCUGGCGCAGCUUGGGGAUGACUUGCCUCAUGUCCUGUGUGGGGCCAGGUGUCCUGAGAAACAGACGGCCCUCUCCGGGACUCUGGAGAGCCAGGUGAGCCGCUCCACCACUGACCUGAUGGCCAAGAACCGCAAGCUGCUCAGACGAUCACACACCACUGUUAUUCGGCCCCUGGGUGGAGGCAGGGACGGAGCGGUCAGCCAGGAGAACUUAGAGGCCGGGUCCACACUCUGUUCAGACCCAGAACCAUCAUCACUGAAAGCUGCUUUUUGGACAGAGGAACCCACUGCUUGAGACUGGUUAGAGGGAAAUAAAAUGUUGGAUGUGGCAGAGUCCAGUGGAAAAAUGGGGUGACUCUCAGUAUACACCUGACCUCUGUACGCUCAUUUUGGACAAUGUUCUGGUUUGUCAACGGUUAAGAAUGCCAAUGUCUUGUCAGAAAAUAUACCCCACAGAAUGAAAGCAGUAUAUGCUUUCAUAGUGCGUGAGAGAUGAGGAAUAGCUUCCAUCUGUCUGGCUUGAAGGCUAAAGGACAGCAAAUGUGUGGGUAAAUUCAGGAGAUCACUGACAUAUGUAAAAAUGUUGAGUAAGGCAAGCCAAAUAAUAACAAGGUAUUAUAAUAAUAUUAUAAUACACAUGUAGGUGAUAUAUGAAUGUUUUCUGACUACAGUAUAAGAUAACCUAGGUUUCUUAUACUUAUCUCAUAUUAAAUUUUUCAGUCAGUGUAUGCAUAGAAAAUGGUUUCCGGAUUUAUUGUAUCAUGAUGUGAUUGUACUUUAAAAGGAAAGGCUCCCUAGAGAAUACCAUAUUUAUUUCCAAUAAAUGCUGACAUGUA